UUACAGCAGAAGUUCUCUGUCUUUAGCCGCGCACGUCUGACUGCCGUGCCUGACAACAGCUGAGCAUGACGUUGAUUUGGAGUCCAGAAGCAGAAGAAGCCUAUCGCAUACAUUUGGCUGGCUAUGACAAUCUUGAAGAUUAUUGCAAGCAGAAGAAUGUCAGUGCUGAUGAAAUUGAGCGAUGGGAGAAAACAGGUUUUAUCAAGAAGUUGCAGAGAACUGAUGGGACAUAUUACUACUACAACCAAGACAGAGAAUGCAAAGAUGAAGAUUUGAUUAAAAUCAAGUCAAAAGUUGCCAGAGUUCCUGAGAAGUGACUUAAUGCUAAUUGACAAUGUUGGGCUACGGUGAUCUUCAUGUUGUAGAACUUUAGUAUUUUGACUUGCAUGUACAGAUUCUAAGUACGGAGUCAAGUAGAAAAUUAAUGAUCAUUAUUAUCAGUGUUUAUUAGUUUGGACAU